AUGCUUGGUUUUUUGGAUCGGUUUGUUUCAUUUUUUUUUACUACCAUAAAAAUUAUAAAAUAUUGCGUUCUACUAAAAUCUGGCUGUUGUGUAUCUUUUUCUUGACUCACCAUAUUUUUGGGAAUUCUUCAGAGACGGUAUUUUAACUGUGUGUUUUUUUUUUCGAUUGUAGAGCUCUAGGUAAAGAAGUGUAAUUUUUAAAGCUUGUAGGAGCUUUAUGAGUUUUUUUAAAACUCCUCAGACCUUCUAGAAAAGUAGAAGCUUCAAAAAAGCCCCAUCAAAACGACCAACUCCUUCAAAUUUCAGUUCGUCUGUCCUCAAUGCUGCCCUCUACCUCAAUGCAGAUCUCAACAGACAUACUACCAGCCACCAAUGUACCCGAUGAUGCCUCCGAACCAAUAUGCCCUUCCGCCACCUCCCCCAGCUCCAAUGUACGCUCAACCGCUGCCAAUGUACCAAAUCGCGCCCCCGAUGUACGCCACUCCGGCUCCGAAGUACCCGACAGCCUACGUUACUCCUUACGUGACUCCUUACGUAACUCCUUACGUCACUCCCUACGUCACGAUUCCCACGACCACCACUACAACUACUACUACGACGACUACGACGACUACAACGCCACCUCCCCCAAAAUGCUUCCGAAAUAUGGACGGUCAGUUUUUUUCAGCUUCUUGUCAUGAAAAUAAGGCCGACUCUGUAGACAGGCCCGGACUUGCUUUUCCAAACUUUCUCAAAUAGAAAAGUCAUUAGGACCGGUAAAAACCUAUGAAAAACGUUUCAAGCGAUAAAAAAACGACAAAAUUAUUUUUUAAAACGUUAAGUCUGAAAAAAAGUUUAUUACGCUAAUUUAAAACAUAUUUUCCGACACACCCAGUGGUAAUCAAUUGUUCAGCCUCGAAUGAAAUUAAAGCAGGAUAAAAACAAUGAAAAACACUAAUUAUUGACGUGUUCAUCAAAAAAACGUAAAAUGUUUCGAAACAAAAGAAAAUUGCUCCACAACAAAAAUUUAGUACUUUUUUAAAGAAUUUUUUGUGCGCCUAUGAACAAGUUUUCGCAUUUUAAAACAUGUUCUGUUUCUCCGAUGAAAACGCUAAUUAAAACAAUUGAAAAAAUAAAUUUACAAAAAAGGCGUAAAGUAAAUGUUUUCGGUGGAAAGAAUAUGUUGCGUGAUCGCGUAACUCGCACCUACAGAAGUUUGUUAAAUUAUUUUUUUUUCGUUUUUUGAGUUUCAUUUAAACUUUUCCUUUUUUUUCCGUUCCGUUUUCAACUGUUCAUUGAGUACUUUGCAUGUCUCAAACCUAAUUUGAAUAAACAUUUUCAGGGUUCAAGUGCUGCAACCCGGAAUUGGACCAAAUUCUUCAGGAGCACGUCGCCGUCGACAAUCCUUUCAAUAACCGUUUCACUGGGUGUAAUUUGCAACGUCUUGCCAACGCUGUUGCGGUUUUUUUAAAACUUCAAUAAGGAAAAUUUUAAAACGUUUUCAGGGGCGAAUUCAAAACAAGUACGGCCGCAGUUUCGAAGGCAUCAUCGGCAGCAGCAAUUUGUUCCACAGAACUCACUACAGAGGAGAGCUUUUCUGCCAACGGAGGACACUUAAUGGAAAGGUGACUAGAAGAAAAGUUUUGGACAAAAUUCAGAAAAUCGAUCGAUUUUUCAGAGCAUUCUGGUGUACGCGACGCCUGUUCCCUACACGUUGGACCAGGAAAAUUCGAGGCCGAUGACCCCGGAAGAAGUUCAAAGACAGAAUUACACCGCCUCAUGGAACCACAUGGACGAUUAUGAUCAUAAUGGUCUUUGGUGA